GUAGGCGUGAGGAAGAGGGCUGGGGAGAAAGAAGGGGAAAAAAGAGCAGGGAACGACAUCAAGCCUCGCAGGAGAAGGAACGAAAAGGACACCCUUUUUUACCUUCACAUACACCCUGUUUUGUCUACCAGGGGUACACCCUUGUCAAGUACUUUACAGAGAGGAGCGUCAAGGAAAUACAUUACAGCCCUUGUGCAUCCAAGAAGCUCCCUGUGUCACUGUCAAGAUCUCAUCGAGAUGUCACGUUGGGGGCGUAAGAACGUAAAGAAGGCUCCGGAGGUGAUCCGCACGGUGACAGAGGGACUCAAGUCUCUGUACCGCAAGAAGCUGUUGCCCCUGGAGCAGUACUAUGGCUUUCACGACUUCCACUCGCUCAGCCUGGAGGACGCUGACUUCGACAACAAGCCCAUGGUGCUGGUGGUGGGCCAGUACUCCACCGGGAAGACCACCUUCAUCAAGUAUCUGCUGGAGCAGGAAAUUCCUGGCAGCCGGGUGGGACCCGAACCCACCACCGACUGCUUCACCGCCAUCAUGCACGGCGAGGUGGAGAGCGUCAUUCCCGGGAAUGCCCUCAUCGUGGACCCAAACAAGCCUUUCCGGAAGCUCAACCCCUUUGGGAACACCUUCCUCAACAGGUUCCAGUGUGCCCAGAUGUCCAAUCAGGUGCUGGAGAGCAUCAGCAUCAUCGACACGCCUGGAAUCCUCUCAGGAGCCAAGCAGAGAGUGAGCCGAGGCUACGACUUUCCCGCCGUGCUGCGCUGGUUCGCUGAGCGAGUAGACCGGAUCAUCCUGCUCUUCGACGCCCACAAGCUGGAGAUCUCGGACGAGUUCUCGGAGGCCAUUGGUGCGCUGAAGGGCAACGAGGACAAGCUGCGGGUUGUCCUCAACAAGGCCGACAUGGUGGGCACCCAGCAGCUCAUGAGGGUCUACGGCGCCCUCAUGUGGUCCCUGGGCAAGGUGUUCGGCACCCCUGAGGUUCUGAGGGUUUACAUCGGCUCCUUCUGGUCCGAGCCGCUCAUGGUGUCUGACAACCGCAAGCUGUUCGAGCUAGAGGAGGAGGACCUGUUCACCGACAUCCAGAACCUUCCUCGCAACGCAGCUCUGCGCAAGCUCAACGACCUGGUGAAGAGGGCACGCCUGGUCCGGGUGCACGCUCACAUUAUCAGCUACCUGAAGCAGGAGAUGCCAUCAGUGUUCAGGAAGGACAACAAGAAAAAGAACCUCAUCUACCAGCUGCCCGUCAUCUUCUCCAAGAUACAACUGCAGCACAACAUCUCCGCCGGAGACUUCCCCGACUGCGCCAAGAUGCAGGAGCAACUGAUGGUUCACGACUUCAGCAAGUUCAAAACCCUGAAGCCCAACCUGAUGGCGGCCCUGGACGAGCUGCUGUCGGUGGACAUCGCCAAGCUGAUGCCGCUUCUGCGUCAGGAGGAGCUCGAGGCCGGCGAGCAGCCAGGCGUGCAGGGCGGCGCCUUCCUGGGCACCCGCGCCGGACCCUUCGGCGAAGGCGACCCCUUCGGCGACGAGGACGAGGAGGCGGGCGACGGCUGCAAGGACGAGCCUGACAAGUGGGUGGUGACCAAGGACAAGCCCAAGUACGACGAGAUCUUCUACAACCUUGCGCCCAACGAGGGCAAGCUGAGCGGCACCAAGGCCAAGGACUGGAUGGUCAGCUCCCGCCUGCCCAACUCCGUGCUGGGCCGCAUCUGGAAGCUGUCCGAUGUGGACCGGGAUGGCAUGCUGGACGAGGAGGAGUUUGCCCUGGCCAGCCACCUGAUCGAAGUCAAGUUGGAGGGCCACGGUCUGCCCCCGGAGUUGCCCAGCCGCCUGGUGCCACCCUCGAAGCGCAGGCAGAAAGGCUCUGAUGCGUGAACCAAUCAAUGGCUGGCUGGAUGGAUGAAUGGAUGGAUGGAUACAGUAAUUCCCAACUCUUCAUGGGGGGAUAUGGACAGUUGAGAUGUGUUUCUUCAAAAUACUUUCUUGACACCAAUUACUACUUUCCUUUUAGCUUGGCUUUGGCGCCAUCUUGUGGCACCUUAGUGCGUUGUAGCAAGAGCACAAAAAUGUGCUGAGAACCCGGAAUCGUUUUUCAGCAAAUAAGUAUACAUAGGUUAAAAAAAAAAAACAUAAAUAGGUGAAUUUGCGAAUCGUUUGUAGGGAUUACUAUUAUUUCCAAUAUUAUUAGUUAAAACAGUAAAUAUACCACAAAUGAUGACCCCAAAUCGUGUUAAUAUAAUUUCAAACUCAUCUUACAACACUACUCUUAAAAACCAAAAGAAAGUGCCUGGACCAACAAUCUUAAAAAAUUGAGAUGUUAUUCCAAAAUACUUCCUUGACAAUUGCUACAUUCCUAUUAGCGGGAUUUUGGCACCAUCUUGUGACAUCUUGGGCGUUAUAGAAAGAGUAAAAAAAUACGUCGAGGCAUGAAUUCGGUGAAUUCUCGACAAUUUAGUGAAAAGCGAAUAUAUGGGGCUUACUAUAAUACGUAAUAAUAUGAUGAACGGAUAGACCAGUGGUUGGAUGGACAGAUGGUUACAGGGAUAGGCAGUUAGAUGGAUGAUGGUGAUGUUGGACUGAUGGAAAGCCGGAUGGAAGAAAUGGAUGGACUCUUCUCAUGCGUUGUCUACUUUGGGGGAUUUGUGCUCCUGUCUCCCGCUCCCUAAUAUAAAAUAUUAAUUUGAAUUUAGCACAGUGGAGCGUCCCGAAGAAAAGAUAAUGACCCUGGUUUGGAUUUUUUUUAAAUAAAUAAAAUAAAAAAACUUGAUGGCCGCGACAUUAUAUACACCUGCACACUUCAAAACAAGAGCUACAUCCAAAAUUCAAUUUAUUUUUAUUCAUUCAUUCAUUCAUCUUCCGUACCGCUUAUCCUAGGGUCGCGGGCGUGCUGGCGCCUAUCCCAAUUGACUCUGGGUGAGAGGCGGGGUACACCCUGAACUGGUCGCCAGCCAAUCGCAGGGCACAUACUGUAUAAACAAACAACCAUUCGCACUCGCAUUCACACCUACGGAUAGUUGAGAGUCCUCAAUUGACCUAGCAUGCAUGUUUUUGGGAUGUGGGAGGAAACCGGCGUACCCGGAGAAAACCCACACAGGCACAGGGAGAAACACUGUGCUGCCAAUUUAUUUAAUUUUUUUAAUUAUUAUUAUUUUGCUGCAGAAAUCCAUUCAGUAUAUCCACUUGGGGCCGAGUAACAAACCCAUUGUAAAACUAGUAAAGAGCUGAGUUGAGCACAGCUCUCCGCCAAGGCCAAACUCUUUGCAAAAUGAGACCAAAAAUUUACAAUUUUGUUGAUAUGUUGCUGCAUUCAAAACUGUCGGGAAAUUAGAAACAUACCACUUGCCGAACUAAAAGCAUAAGGAUACAACUUGGUCAGACCUCCGCCAAGGCCAUACUCUGAACAAAAAUCCUACAAAUAACUUAUUGUAUAUGUUUUGAUGCGUUAAAUAUUGCUGGGAAAUCACAAAUAUCUCCUUUGGAACUCAACCAAACCACAAUAAUACCCCAAUUGUUUGUUGAGCACAGACCUCCGCAAAGGCCAAACUCUUUACAAAAGUGGCAAGAAAUAGACAAAAAAAAAUAAUAAUAUUCAAAGAUGUUUAGCUCCAUUCAAGACCCCUGGGAAAUCAGAUAUAUCCCACUUGAAGCCUAACUGCAACCACAAUCAUAAACAUAUUUGUAAACUAGGAUGGAACUCCGUACAAUACAGAGCUCCACCAACAUCAAACUAUUUUAAGAGCACUUAAAUAGUGUAUUUUGUAUCUGAUUUGCUGCAUUCAUGACCGCUGGGAAAUCAGAAAUAACCCACUUGAAGCUUCUGGGGUGAGACGUCAGAACAUUCCAGUUAAGUGUGAACAAAAAUCAUGGCAGAGGAUCGUGAUAAAUUAAUAUUUGUUUUGUUUGUGAAUAAACAAUUUAAGCAAAUAGAGUUGUAUUUGCUGUGCUACAUUCAAGGCUGCUGGAAAAUCUGAAUGGCUUGACUGAUUGCAGGUUUUUUGGGGGUUUUUUUUUACUCCCAAAAAUGAAUGCAGAGACAGACGCAUUUACAUGCAAAACAACUUGUUAGAUGUCCAUAUCUAGUAUAAGCAAUAAUUACAGUGAACAAUACUUUUAUUGAAUCUUUUAUUGUCUUUUACAACAUCUGUGGCCAUGCAUGGUUUGUUUACAUUCAAGUCGCAUUCCACCAAGUUGGAAGUUUACGACUCCCCCAGUUUUAUUGAAUGUAGCAUUUGUUUUGUUCAGGCCUAAUUCAUGGGAGGAUGAUGUAAGAAAGACGCAAGGAACAGACGGAUUGUGCCAUUUUGCUUCUUGGGGUGGAGUUUACCAAAUGACACAAUAGAUAAAAUAAUACAUUCCCAUCCAGAUCUCCACCAAAAAUGUAUUUUGGUCUUUCUUGGUUCCUGACUGAGCAAAACUCUGAAUACUUUUCCUUGCCUGUGGUCAGAAAAGUCCAACUUCCCUGUUUUCAUGAAAGCAGCAUUUCUUUGUUCGUUAGUAGUCUACUUCCACUCUUGUAUUGGAUCUGAUUAGAUGGUGCAAAUGUACCUAAUGAAGUGGUUUCCUGGUAAAUAAAUAGUCUAUUUAUCAUAACUACUAAGCAAGUAUUAUAUAGCCUUUUGCCGUACACGCCGCUUAAUUAGCUCACCUGUUGUGUAUGUAGCCUCAUUAGCAUCGUUAGCAUCUAUUUUGCCACGUGAAUGCUUUUGCGGCUUUGUUCGCACUUUGUUUUUGUGUGUAUUUUUUGGGGUAUGUGUCAUUGCUGCUUCUGUUCAAACAAUUGCAAUAAAGCGUCCACAGAGGCAGACAACUACGACUACUGUGCACAGCGGCGCCGUCUGGCCUCGCGUGGGCUACUACAGCAAUAAAGUAACCUGACUGUG